UUUCUCACACACUCUCUCACGGUCGCACGGUCGCACGGUCUCACUCUCACCCAAUGAAUGAAAUGAAUCCAUGAUCAUAAUUUCCCAGAAAUUCAAAUUUGCAGAUGACUGCAGUUAACCUGUAACUUCUCCACAUUUCUCAACAACAAAACAACAAUGGCUUCCUCUGCAGCAAUCCACAGAUCCUGCCUUUCUCCUCCAUCAUCUUCAUCCCCACUCCAAAGACUUUCCACCUUCAAAGACAGAGACCACAACCCAUCUUCCCUUGACUCCACCGCCACCACCAGUACCACUACCACCAACCCCCUCGCCAACUUCUCAACCGACCCAAUUUUCUCUCUCUUCCUCUCCCCGGACUUCUCUUCCACCCAUUUCUCCUCCCAAGCCCUAUCCUCCGGCUCCGCUGCCUCCACCGCUGAACGCCUUCAAGAUGGUAUCCGUCUCCUCGAGAAGCAGCUCCGCUCCGAAGUCCUCUCCCACCAUGACCACCUCUUCUCACAGCUCUCCUCCCUACGCGACGCUGAUUCCGCUCUCUCCCUUGUCCGAUCCUCCGUUUUCUCUCUCCAAUCCUCCGUCCGUCGCGUCCGAUCUGAGAUCUCUGACCCGCAUUCCCAGAUCAAAGCCAAGACCACUCAGCUAUCCAACCUCCACACCACUUCGUUGAAUUUGCAGUUCACUAUUAAAGUUCUCCGAUUGAUCAAGAAGCUUCGUGAUCUGAUGGAGGCUUCCGCCGAGUCCUUGGACCUUUUGAAGGGGGCCCAGUUACAUUAUGAGAUUCUUGGAUUAACCAACGAUAAUGAUUUGUCCGGAAUUGAUGUAGUUGAUGAGGAAUUGAGGUGGGUUUCCGAGGCCGGGGCAAAACUCCGGUCCGAAGGGAUGAAGAUGCUGGAGAGAGGGUUAGAGGGGUUGAAUCAAGCUGAGGUGGGAAGUGGUUUGCAGGUGUUUUACAAUCUUGGGGAAUUGAGGGGGACUGUUGAUGGGUUGGUUGUUAAGUAUAAGAAUUUGGGGGUUAAGAGUAUAGCUUCUGCUUUGGAUAUGAAGGCAAUUUCUGCUGCUUCAUCCGGUGGUGGCGGGUUUGGUGGUCCUGGGGGGAUUCAGAGGAGUGGGACGCCGCAAAUUGGGGGUGGCGCCAGAGCUAAAGACGCGCUCUGGCAGCGGAUGAGUGGUUGUAUGGAUCAGCUGCAUUCGAUUAUUGGCGCUAUUUGGCUUUUGCAGAGGGUUUUGUCUAAGAAGAGGGAUCCUUUCACUCAUGUUUUGCUGCUGGAUGAGGUCAUUCAGGAGGGUGAUCCAAUGUUGACAGACCGAGUUUGGGAAGCAUUUGUGAAAUCAUUUGCAAGUCAGAUGAAAUCUGCAUUCACCACCUCAAGUUUUGUGAAGGAAAUAUUUAUGUUGGGCUACCCGAAACUUUAUUCCAUGAUUGAGAAUCUGUUGGAACGAGUAUCACGUGAAACAGAUGUCAAGGGGGUUCUACCAGCUAUCAGCUCAGAAGGAAAAGAGCAGAUGCGUGCUUCAAUUGAAAUUUUCCGGACAGCAUUUUUGGGACUAUGUUUGAGUCGUCUUUCAGACCUUGUCAAUAAUGUCUUGCCAGUCUCCAACCGGGGAAGUGUUCCCUCCAAGGAACACAUUUCAAAAAUCAUAUCGCGGAUACAGGAAGAGAUUGAAGCUGUUCAAUUUGAUGGACAUUUGACUCUUAUGGUUCUGCGUGAAAUUGGCAAAGUCCUGCUUCUCUUGGCUGAGAGAGCUGAAUAUCAGAUAUCUACGGGACCUGAAGCUAGGCAGAUAACUGGUCCUGCAACUCCAUCUCAACUGAAGAACUUCAUGUUGUGUCAGCAUCUUCAAGAAAUCCACACACGCAUAUCAGCUGUGUUGUUAAAAUUACCACGUGAAGCCUCAGAAGUUAUGUCUCCCUCACUAGGUGUUGUGUAUGGGGUUGCCUGUGAUUCAGUAGAAUCAUUAUUCCAAGCUAUGGUGGACCGUCUUCAGUCAUGCAUCUUGCAAAUUCAUGACCACAACUUUGGUGUCAUAGGCAUGGAUGCCGCAAUGGAUAACAAUGCUUCGCCUUACAUGGAGGAAUUACAAAAAUGCAUACUCCACUUCCGCAGGGAGUUCUUAUCUAGGUUGUUGCCUUCUUCCAAAACCGCGGCAGCUACUGGUACUGAAUCUAUAUCUACAAAGCUCGCCCGUGGUAUGGCUUCACGGGUUCUUAUGUUCUUCAUAAGGCAUGCUUCCCUUGUAAGGCCCCUUUCCGAGUCGGGAAAACUACGGAUGGCUCGGGAUAUGGCGGAGUUGGAAUUAGCGGUGGGUCAGAAUUUAUUCCCAGUGGAGCAGCUUGGUGGUCCAUACAGGGCCCUAAGAGCAUUCAGACCUGUCAUCUUCUUGGACACAUCUCAACUCGAGGCAUCUCCACUGCUUCAGGAUCUGCGUCCUAGCACUAUACUUCACCAUUUAUAUUCACGGGGACCAAGUGAGUUGCAGUCACCAUUACAGAGGAAUAAACUGACAGCACUUCAGUAUUCGUUGUGGCUCGAUUCCCAGGGUGAGGAUCAAAUAUGGAGGGGUAUCAAAGCAACUCUGGACGAUUAUGCUACGGUAGUAAGGUCAAGAGGGGAUAAGGAGUUUGAUCCAGUUUAUCCCAUAAUGCUUCGAAUUGGGUCAUCCAUUUCAGAAAAUUCAUCCCAAUCUGACAGGACUUGAUAAUUUCAUCCCAAGAAUGUGUUACUGGAUUGAUUGAUUGCUUAGUUUAGGAAUACCGCAGUUGGGACAAUCAGGGCAAGAGCAUAACUGGUUGUAUCUCAACUUGGGGGUCGGAAACAACAUGCUUUUCUUCAAGUGAUGAUUAAAUUGUAGACUCAUUGGUUCAACGCAAAGGCAAUGCUGUUCAUAUACGGGUACAUGAGAGUUGAGACUUGAGACUGUUUGUUAGUACGGAGUAUUUGUUUGUAUACAGAGUACCUAUAUACCCUAGUGAUUUUUGUAUGUUUAAGCGUCAGCUCGUCUUCCCAACUAUUCUGGGGCGGUUGACUUUUGACUUUUGACUUUUGAAUGCCAAAAAAAAUACACACAAAUGAAAA